AUGAUUCCCAAUCAUAAAUCAUUAUCAGAAGAAGAAAUAUUGCUGCUUCUCGAAGGUGAUUUAUCUGAUUUGGACCUUGAUACGUCUGAUGUGGAGGAAGAGAUUGAAAAUGCUCAGCAGCAGGACCCUACUACACUAGAUAUACAGUUUCUUCAAGGAAUGGACCUUGAUAUGUUUGAAAUUCUGGACCCAUCUGAAGAUGAUGUUCCUUUAGCUUCAAGAUUACUUGCUGAGCCAAACCUUGCACCAAGUCAUUCAGCUCAGAAAAUUCAGUGUGAUACACACCGGGAUCUUUGGUGGAGAAUGAAGGACAGUGAAGAAGUGGACACAUCAUGUAAUGAAGUUUUUUCUGACCCUCCAGGAGAUGAACUGACACCUUUGCAGUAUUUCAGAACAAUGUGUAGUGAUGACAUUAUCCAGAACCUAGUCGAGCAACGUAAUCUAUACCGCACACAGAAAACAGGUGCUUCUUUAGAUACAAAUGUUCGUGAAAUAGAAAAGUAUAUAGGCAUAAACAUCCUAGCAGGUGUUGUGAAAAUACCUAGUUACAGAAUGUACUGGGCAGAGGCUACAAGAUUUUCUCCAAUAGCUGACUCAAUGCCUAGAAAUAGGUUUGAUAACCCAAGAAAUUAUUUACAUGUGAAUGACAACACUAAAAUGAAACAAAGAGAGGACCCUGAUUAUGACAAGCUGUUCAAGUAUGUAAAAAGCAAACCACACAAGUGGGGUAUAAAAGUUUUUGCUUGUGCUGGUUCUAGUGGAAUUGUGUACAAUUUUAAAAUAUACCGAGGGAAAGGAACUGUACAUAAUGAUACUGGUCUUGGUAUAAAUGGUGAUAUCGUGAUAAGGCUUGUGGAAGGACUGCCAAAAUAUACAAAUUUUAAAGUGUUUACAGACAAUUGGUUCACCUCUUACAAUCCUAUUGCUGCCCUGAAAAACUAUGGCAUUUUUGCUGUUGGAACUGUUAGACCCACAAGACUUCAAGGCUGCAAUCUAAAAGCAGACAGUGAGCUGAAAAAGCAGGGACGAGGAUCAUACGAUUAUCGAAAUGAAACAGAAAGGAACAUCAUAGUGCUGAAGUGGUAUGAUAACAAGUCUGUCGUUCUUGCAUCAUCAUACAAAGGACUGCUGGCUGCCGCCCCCGUGUGGUGUGGAAGUCGAGGGCUGGAGGAACUGUUAGGGAGGCAGAGACAAGUGGUCAUCAUUAGACCCCCAGACGUGUGGCCAAGUGGCACAUAUGUCAUUGUUGUGUCAUAA